AUGGAAGAGGAAGUAGCAGAAAGUUACAUUGAAUGUUACGUCAGAUUCAAUGAUGAUUUAGAAAAAGAUUAUUGUUUCCAAUUCAAAUCAUCAACUAAAUUUAAUGAAUUGUUUAAAAUUUUUAACACUUUACCUAUAAGUCUUAGACCUUCAGUUUUCUAUAGUUCUAAACCUAAAGGUUUCAAAAUCAGUACCUCUCCAGGUUAUUUAACUGAAGACGGAGCUUUAUUAUUUGAUUACGAAGCUACUAACGAAAAAUAUUUAAAAAAUGUUGAUUUGAACGAUGAAAUUGGUGAAAAGAUUUGGCCAGGUCAAUUGAUUGUACCAGUUUGGGAUCAUAAUGAUUUUGGAUUCUAUAGUUUUGUUACAUUCUUAGGUUGUUGGUUAUACACUGACUUACCUGAUUUUAUUUCUCCAACUCCAGGAAUUUGUUUAACUAAUCAAAUUAGUAAACUUGCUAGUAUUGUUUUACAUCAUUUUGGUAAACAUUCUUUAGCUGCCUCAUUUGUUGACGAUUUAGAUGCUGAUAUUGGUAUUGUUCCACAAAUUGUUUUCUUUGUUUUCCAUUUAAUUAAGGUUGGUGUUAUUUUCCUUUUCUUAUACUUGGGUUUAUUCAACCCAAUCAAAGUUAUUAAAUUUGUUGGUUCUCCAGCUCCAAAAGAUAUUACUAAAGAACAAUUAUUAGAAUUAGGUUGGACUGGUUCAAAAAGAGCUACUGUUGACGAAUAUAAAGAAUUCUAUAGAGACUAUAAAAUCAAAAGUUAUAAAUCAAUGGUUGAAGCUCAUCAAGAUGGAUUAUUUGAAAGAUUGAAAACUGUUGGUAUUCCAUUGACUGAUGGUGAAGGAUUUAAUACUCCAUUAGAUUCAAAAUAUUCAAUUAAGGAUAUCUUCGAUCAAAAGAAAGUUGUUUUAAGUUUCCAAUAUUUAAGGAAAUUAGAAGAAUUAUUCUUAGAACAAUUAAAAACUGCUGAUGUUAAUGAAGCUGGUAAACAAUUCAGAAAAUUCGGAUUAUUAAAAUCUGAUGAUGAAAUUAAAAAUAUCGUUGCUGUAAGAAAGGAAACUUUAUAA